AGCCAGUGAGAGGCGGCCGCUGGUGUGACGUAGGGCCCCGCCAGACCGCGCCACACGUGAGCGCCGCCGGCCGGCCCAGCCGCCCUCACCCUCAGUGAGUCAGUUAAGUGAUGGCUCCCGUGGUGGUAGGAUUGUUGCCUCGCUCGGUCGCCACGUGUGUCAGUGCUCAAAGGUACGCUCGGCUAUGUUGGGGGCUAAGCAGAAGACCAGCCUUCGCUGUAAGCACUCGCCUGAAGUCCACCCCGGCAGCCGCCCUGGUGGAGGAGAACACGACCGUCGAUGCCUCGCCCCACGAUAACAAUAAAAGGGACUCGCUGGACUUGACCUUCUGUGACCAUGAGGCGGCGUUCAAGAGCAAGACGACCGGCGAAGUGUUGCGUGCCCUGCUGGUGUUUAAGUUGUGCGGCGUGGAGUACUUGGUGAAGAACAACGAGCAGCUCCUGAAACUCGGAAGGACGAUACUCGGGAAUAGAUUGUUCGUUGCCCUUAUGAAAGCCACGUUCUAUGGACACUUCGUUGCCGGGGAGGACCAGAUUAAGAUUCAGCCGACCUUGGAAAGACUUCAUUCCUUCGGUGUCAAGUCGAUCUUAGAUUACUCGGUGGAGGAAGACAUAAGCUCGGAAACUGCGGAGAGGAGGGAGAUGGAGAGCUGCGAGUCCAAGGCGGAGGGCUCGAACGUUCUGGAGAGGUACACGCCACAGAGGAAGUUCGCAGACCGCCGCUACCAAGUGUCAGGGGCAAGGACUUACUUCUACGUGAAUGAGGCACAGUGUGAGAAGAACAUGGAGACCUUUAUCAACUGCAUGGACGCCGUGUCAGAUGCUACCAAAGGAACAGGGUUUGCUGCCAUCAAGAUGACCGCUCUGGGCCGCCCUCAAGUGUUGAUGCAGCUGUCCGAGGUGAUAUACCGCACUCGGCAGUACUUCACCCAGGUGACGGGGGAGUCUGGACCAAUGAUGUUCUCUGACAUCAACACAGACGUCUUUGAGAAGAGGUUCCGUGAGGAGAACAUUCACACAGACAACCCAGCAAUUCGGGAGUGGCUGGACAACAUGACCUAUGACACCAAGGGCCUGAUCCACCUGUUCUCCUGGUCUGGCCUCAUCGACGCAAACAUCUUGCUGAGCGACCUGUUCCGUGUGCCCAACCUCAACUCAGGCCAGAUGGAGCCAAUCAUCUCAGCUCUCACCACAGAGGAAGAGGAAAUGUUCAAGAAUAUGAUGCGUCGGCUGCACACCAUCUUUAGGUACGCCAGGGAGCGGGAUGUGAGGGUGAUGGUGGAUGCCGAACAGACAUACUUCCAGCCAGCCAUCUCCCGCCUCACCCUGGAGAUGAUGAAGAAGUACAACCAGGAGAAGGCCAUUGUCUUCAACACAUACCAGUGCUACCUGAAGGAGACACUCAACAACCUUGCUCUUGACCUUGAACAGUCAUACAGGCAGAAGUUCUUCUUUGGAGCCAAGCUUGUCAGGGGAGCUUACAUGGAACAGGAGCGAGCCCGGGCAGAUGAACUUGGCUAUGAAGACCCUGUGAACCCAAGCUACGAGGCCACCACACAGAUGUACCACGACUGCCUGGAGGAGUGCCUCAGACGCAUCAAAUUCAACAAGUCCUUUGGCGACACUCAGAAGAUCGCCAUCAUGAUUGCCUCGCACAACGAGGACACCGUGGGCUACACCGUCAAUAAGAUGAGGGAGUAUGGCAUCCACCCGCAGGACAGAGUGAUCUGCUUCGGUCAGCUGCUGGGAAUGUGCGACCACAUUUCCUUGCCGCUAGGACAAGCCGGCUACUCGGUGUACAAAUACGUCCCCUAUGGCCCGGUGAAUGAGGUGCUGCCGUACCUGUCCCGGAGAGCAACGGAGAAUGGCUCCAUUCUGGUGAAACUGGCCAAGGAGAAGCACCUGCUGAAGAAGGAGCUGUGGCGGCGCAUCACCCAGGGCCAGGUGUUCUACAAGCCAGAGGGGAACUACACCCCCAUCGGCGCCCAGCCUCACUGAUGUGCUGGGCGACUGUCGGCUGUGAGUGUUGCUGUGGCAUUGAGCACGUCUUUAUUACUUGUUUCACUUGCCAGUUCAUAUAUUUUAUAGUGCAAUUUGUUUGAAGUGCAGAGAUGUUUUGCAAGGUACUAGCUGAAGGACACUGGGAAAAACUGCUUUUCAUUGUUAUUAUUAGCAUUAUUAUUACUGUUGUUUUGUUGUUUAUGUUUAUAUUUUUCUUCUUCAUAUUCAAAGUCAUUCUAAGUCAAAUUUUAAAAGAGGUUGAUGUCAGUUGCCUGUCGUUAUUGUUGAUCAUUGUUUUUAUUCAUUCAUAUCUUUUUUUCUACUUGGUGUGUUGUCUUGGAGCAGUUUAUUUUCCUUAUUUUUAUUAUUAUCAUUGUGUUUACUGUGGGUUCAGUCAUUUCACUCAGUGUGUUGUUUCAAGGCAGGGUUUUUUUCUGCUGCUGGAGGAGGAGAGGGUCUUGCAGUUGUAUAAAUUGUUCUUAGUAUUGUGGAUUGAUACUUCUCUAUCCAUCCACACUUACAUUUCUGUCCAGUCACGUCAAGGUGAGUGGUGUGGAUGUGUUCUCCGUGCCGUGUCAUGUCCAUGUGUCCAGGGAAGUACUUACAUCGUGUGUUCUUACAAUGCAGCCCUCCUUGUGUUACUGCAACUCAAAAUUGACUACUGUUCCUCGUACAGCUUCCUUGUGACUCUUUUGCAAACUCUUUCUUCAUCUUUUCAAGUUCAACAUUUUUCAUAGUUAAUUCUUUUUGUGAAAUUUUAAGGGCUUUUUUUUACAGCAAGUUUUUUUUAGUAUUUCUGGGCAUCUCUGGAUUUGUCUGUUGUGUGAUUGAACAUAUCAUUUUAUGGAUGCUAUUUGAUUCCUUAUUGAUGAAUUUUUAACCCAAGUCAUAUUGUAUUGAUGUUGACAUUGAUGGCAGACUUUAGUCACUGAUUCUGCAUUGGUUUUCCUGUUUGUUAUAUGUAAAGAACUUCUGCUGUGUUGAUGCAUCUUUAUUCGAGGCGUCAUGUAAAGACUGGAGGUAAUAUUUUGUGGAUACUACAGUCUGUAAUGCAUCAUGAGAUCAGACAAAAGUUUCCACACAGGAGCUGUGCCUGAUGUAUUUGUUUCAGACAUUAUUGCUUAUGUUUUAUCCUCCAUCAGAUGUACUUCCAUCUGUCAAUAUAGUAUUACAGAAUUUCAUUGCCAUCAGUGCUGUCAGUGAUAACAAAAUUAUAAAACUGCAAUUUGUAUUUAAUUGAAUUUAGAACCGUUUUAAAUGUUGUCGAAGUAUUAAUGUCAAGCAUACAGUACUGUUACACUUUAUGUUGAACUGAUAAGGGCAUUGCAGAUGUAUCAAGAAGGCUGUCAGAUCAGAUUGUACAAGACAUACUGGAUGGGGAGACUCAGAUGAAAUGAUUUUUUUCACUGCAUAUCAUCAGAGUGUAGUAUUUCUAAAUUGAUGCGGUUCUAUUCCUGCUGAGGCUAUAACACACACAUUCCUAUUGAAGGGAACCUGGUAUUAAUGUUUCUGUAAGAGAUGAGAAGCAUUGGUGUGUGUAUUGCACAUUGGAGCAGCCUGGAUAUUAGCAGCCAGGUGUUUGUGAGUAUUAUGGAUUAUCUCAUCUGAACAUGUACCAUUCUUUGUAUAUAAAAUGACAUGCCUUUUAGUUUCAACAUUGUGUACUGAUGGAGUUUAUUUUUGAAGACACUGACUGGAGUAUCUGGAUGGUAAGGGUGUGCAUGGUGGUGAGAAAUGCCCUGACAGAAUCUCCCAUGAACUUAAACACUAAAAGAGUUUAAUUCCUUUGUGUUAAUAGAAGUCAUGUGCAGUACUCUUGAAAGCCACUUCUUACCGUGUAUACAAAAUGCUCUUUACUAAAACCGAGUAAACAGCAAGCUAAGAUUCCUGCCAUUGAUUAUUUUUACUUUAUUUUAGAAUGGAUGUCUGACAGCUGUGUUGUUCUUGAGUGACUUAAUUUGGUGACUACACAUUUCUUUCAUUCCACUUGCUUGGUUUAUUUCACAAACAAGGAGUGCCUGUGAAUGUGUGGUGUGUUCAGUGUUCAGAGAAUGGUGGGUGUGUUGAUAGCACAAAUGAUACUUUGGUGCAAUAGUUUAUGUGUGGAGUGUCUGGUGUGUGGAGAGAGUGUGUGGCAGCCCAGCAAACGUGGCACUGGGUCAGGAGUUGUGAAUCGCAGAGGGAAAUAGUAACAUUUAUUUUCCCAUCAAACACAACACUGGGCUGAGAAUUCAUGGUUUGUUAAAUGAAAUAUAUUGCUGAGGUUUCUUUUCCAUGAUGUGCAAUACUGAAGAGUGAGAGAUUAUGGGAAGGAAAUAUUGAGAUUUCUUUUCCAGUCAUAUGGUAUUUCAGUUCAGUACAGCUGGUUGGAGUUAUAUCCAGCUGACUAAAAUUACUAUUCCAUCCAGUAUAAUAACCAUGAUAUUAUGAUGAUGAGGGGAUAUGGUUAAUGAGGGAGUAUUUGCUAGAUUUAAUUACUAUUUGUUAAUGUCACAAGUCUUGCAAAUGUCAUUUAACAUCUUUUUAGAAAUAGGAAGGAAUAUCCUUUUCAAAUAGAUUGAAAGCUAUAUUUCAGCUUUCAGUUGUUGGCAAUUUCAUCUUCAAUAAUUUGUUGCUUUUAGAAUCACAGUGUUUAAUUAACCAAUGUAACCAAUUUCUCUUAAGGCCAACUUUACUUUGAGAUGUGAUAAGCUUCACUGAAGAAUGUGCUUCAGCCAUGGGUUGUCAUGAGCUCAUAUUGACUGACAUGAACAAUUGAUGAGAAAGAUAGUAGAUAGGAAAGCUUUAGGUGGCCAGUAGAGUCACACAUGGCCAGCCCUGAAUAAAGACAAAAGAAGUCAAGCAAAAGAGAAUCAAAGUGAAAAAAGACAAGAGGGAGUGGAGCUGUACUAUGUUACACCUUAUUUACUAAGAUGCCUAAUGUUGCUAGAAGCAGAGGAAGUGUACUGAAGUGUGUUGUAGCUUGUGUAGGUGUUGAGUGGCCAUCAGAUAAUGCUUAUAAUGGGAAGUGUGUGUGUGUGUAUGUGUAUGUGUGAGUGUGUGUGUAUGUGUAGGUCCCUUAUAUACAGUAGUAGCAUAUAUGUAUUGUUUGUAGGUAAUAUCAAGUUAGGCACAGGUGUCAUCAGUAAUGUGAUGCCUCCUACGUGCUGAAUAUUCACUGUAUUAUUAUAAUUGUAUGUGAUACUAGAAGGUUUACCUUUAUCGGAUCUGUAGAGUGUGACGCAUCACUAUAUUGGUAUCUGGGUACACACUCCACUGGGUAUUCCUGAUGAACCUGAUAGUGGAGGUGGUUUUCCUUGUUUUCCUCCUUCUCACUCCUCUUGCUCACUUCUGUGUGAUGUAGCCUCCUUAUUUGCCUUUAAAUCUGCACCAUCUCACACCCACUCACUACCACAGACAUGCAAUAGCUCAAUGGUGACAUCCUUGCUUGUCACUUGGCAAGCUCAAGUUCUACUCUGCUCAAGUCACUGGUGAGAGAGCAGGUAAUGUCCUCCUUGAACUGUAGGACAGAAUGUGUACUGUGCUAGAGGUCUCAGCAUUACCCACAGGCAGAGUGAUAAGCUCUGUCCUGGAGGGUAAGUCACAAGCCCACCAUGUGAUCUGUAAGGCUCUGGUGAACAGCACACACUGACACACUUACAGCUUGCACCAACUGUCUUCCUUAGCUAUCUAUUGUCUUUGUUGUUCUUUGUUACUUGUAGAUAAGAGUGCAAUUGUUUCCUAGACUUGCACACUCUGUAGAUUGUUUUGUGUCAGUGAUUCCAAGAUGCAUUGAUCUCUAGCUCUGCCUUGUGUUGAUUUGCUGUUCAUGUCAAGCCAUCCUCAGACUCAGAAUACCAAAACAACAGAAUCAUUACAAUUGUUUUUUCUGUUUGUAGUAAAAAAAAUGAAAGAAGUUCCAUUCAGUGAAAUCUAUGGCCUUAAAUCACAGCUGGCUUCCAGUGUAUGUAACUUUAUGAACAGAAAGUAAACGUCUUGUAAAUACAUAAUAUACAGUAGCUACUACAAUUGUGUCUGUCGUGUGAAAAGCUUGAAGCAGUGUAUGUCAUUAUCUCGGUGGACCAGUGAGUAAUUGUGACCAUUGUAACUGUGUAACCUACAGACAUACAUGUUUAUGCAGACAGCUGUAUGGGAGAGAGAGAGAGAGAGAGAGAGAGAGAGGGGGCGGGGGAGGUAUGUGUAUGGCAGCUUUUAGGGUGUGAUGGGGAGAAAUGUUUAUAAUUUUAAUAUGAUACUUAUUCACUUUUAUCUAUUCAAAUUAUCAUCAUCAGGUUGCAUGGAUUUAUCUUUGUUGAUAGGGAUGAGAUGCAUUUAUUGAGUGAUUCAUGAAGAUUGAGAGUGAGCAAGUGCUGAUAUUUGAUACAUUAAUGGAUACUUAGUUAUAUCCCUUUAUAGCUUCGUUGUUACUGAUCCAUUAACACAUUCAUCCAUAAUCCCCUGCUUUUUUCAUUAUGUUAGUGUGAGGAGUGGACUGGUGCCUGUGUAUCAACAUUGAUGCAGCCAGGAACACAACUCAACACUUCCCCCACUCCCUACUCACCCAGGCAGCUUGUGAUAAAUGAAGGGACUGUGUGAAGACUGAAGUGUCUGUGGUGUGUGUGUGUGUGUGUGUGUGUGUGUGUGUGUGUGUGUGUGUGUGUGUGUGUGAGUGAGUGAAGUACUUGCCUGAUAGUCUGUGGCUGCAAUAAUUGGGUUGCUUGAGUGCAUCUGUAGCUUUUGGCAUGAUUCUUUUGCCAUUUCAAAAAAGUAAAGAUACAGUAUUAUUCAGGUGUUAGGCACUUACUUGCUAGGUUGAAUUAUUGUUGGUUAUAUAUAUAAAUAAAUAAAUGACUAUAUAUAUAUAAAUAUACAUACAUAAAUAUAUUUUACUCUCGAACUUUAGUGUGUGUGGGAGUGUAGCGGUGAGAGUGUGUGUUAGUGAAUGGCAACACAGCAGCAGGUUCUGAAAGGCGUUACAAGGUUUGCUGGUUCUUGGAAGUGGUGUGAGGUUUGCCAGGCGGUGAACUGGUGAUGGUUGGUGUUGGUAAUGGUGUUGAGGGCAAGGAGGCAUUGACAGAUGUGUGGGAGAUGUCUGUAUUUAUUCAGAGGUGAAGAUUGUAUGCAUUGAUUCAGCUUGUCAAUAUAACACUGUGUCCAAAAGACUAUUCUGUAGAUGACCGGCACAGACUUAUAGGUAUAGGUGCCUUUACUGAUAUUAGGUUACAAAAGCUGUAUAAGAAUAUUGUGUAUAUAUAACAGAUUAGCAACAUGUCAAGCAGUGUUCUGUGAAGAUCAGCGUAGGCACUGACAGCCAGUAGGUUUCUUCAUUGAUAAUAAAAACUUGAUCAUGUUGUUAGAAUUUCAAGUAACAAAACAAAACACAUAGUAACAAAGACUCAAAAGUAAAGUAGGAGGUUAACAUAGACCAUUACCAGAGCUUGUCUUGUGAUAAAAACUUAACAUGGCAAUAUUACUGAGUUAAGGGAACAUACCAAGGUAGUUUGUAGACUGAAGAGAACGUUAUGCAUAUUGUACAGUCAAGAGAGUUGGGAGAGGCUUGUCAGUGUCUGGCUACAUGUAUAUACGUACCAUAUGUCAGUAAAGUGUAAAGCUCAUUA